AGUUCUGGGUUGUAUCUUCGUCUUUGGCUAGUUGUCUGAAGGGAUGAAAGAUUUUAGGGUUGCAAUUGCUACCUGUGGCAGAAGCCGCUUCCUGUCUCAUUGGCCAAGGAGGUUCGUCUUCAACUGUUCAACACGACAAGAAGAAAUCAUGAAGUCCAUUGUUAACCAGUACGACACUUGGCUACCCAACGGAUUCUCCUACACUUUCGAUUGCUCAACAGUAGAGAAUGUUACGAAUAAGGAGAAAGGAGAUGAAGAAAAUGCAGUAUUGCCAGUUCGUCACCCUCCUGAACCAUCGUCGUGGAGGAAUCAUGUGGUUAGGGUUUGGAAGAUGUUGUUUCAAGUUUGGAUUUAUUUUAAUUAUCUUACUCUUACUUUUAUUUUUUUAUUCGAACUGAAUGUUGUUUUUCUUUAUUUCUACUAGCAGAACUCUAGAGUUUAGGUUAGGUGAUGAGAGGUCUAUUGCGUCCGUCAUUGGCUCAGUUAAGCCAUUAUAGGAUCAACGAGUCAUAUUGCUUUUUUGGAAGUGAUAUACUCUGAGUCUAGUUCGAGAGAAGACAAUUAGAAAGAGACUUUUUGUCUUUUUGUAUCUUGCCUGAAUUUUGAUUAUUCAACAAUAUAAGCUACUUUCUUCCAAAAAAAAAUUGAUUUCGCACAAUGAAUUAUGUAAUAAUUAAAAUAAAUAAGGUUGAAGUUGUUUUCUAGUUUAAUC